AUAAAGUGUGAUAAUGGGAGAGGAGUGGGUGUAUUCAUGUAGUAACUAAAAAAGAACUGGACGGAUCAAACUAGCUGAAUCAUCAUCUCUGCAUCAAAUGAUAUGUGUCAAAACUCAUAACCACCACCACCGUCGCCACCGCCUGUCCUCCGCCUCGAGAAAACAAAAAUGUCAUCACUAGCAUACAAUCUGUUCUCAUCAACAUCACUAAUAUCUCUAGGACUCUACCAUCUUAUCUCCGCAACUCGUAACUAUCUGAAAUCCCCCCAAUCCUACUCAGCCAAACCCUACCAUCCGCUCCCUCUCGCCUCCUCCUCCCGCUUAAAACACCUCCACCUCUACUUCCUCAUCACCUGUCUCCUCAUCUCCUUCACUCACCAAACCCUAAUUUCCACCGAUUCCGAUCCUCUCUUAAAAGGCCGUACUCCCGUUCACCGCUUCACCUCUCUCCAAGCCUCCGCUCUUCUUUUCCUCUUCCUUGUAGUUUCGCUUGCUCUUUUACUCUCCGAAUCCACCUCUCUCCUCCCUCUCCCCUCCGAUCUCUUCUUCGCGCUCGCUGCCGCGCUCUUCUUCUUGCAAUACACCGUGUCCACCUCCGCCGCUUCCGUUCAGACUUCCGAUUUAGAAGCGAAAUGCGACGAUAUUUUUGCUCGUGUUUCGUUUCUUAUUGCGUUCUUGUGCUUGAUUCUGGCUUUUCAACCUAGGUUUUUUAUUGCUGAUGUUGGAUUAGGCGGUGCGUUUUGUUUGCUAGGGUUUUGGGUUCUUCAGACUGGGCUUUCGCUUUAUGUGGAAGCUUUUAUACCUGAAGGUUGUCAUAGGCUACUAGAUGUUGUGAGUGGCGUUGAGGGUUCGACUAAGUGUGAUAUCGAAGAGUCGAAAUUACGAGCUGUUGCGAUUUUAGAUCUGAUGUUUGUGAUUCAUGUGAUGUUUGUUGUGGUUAUUGUUAUGGUUAUUUAUGGUGUUGUAGCUAAAAAUGUUGGGAUUAGGAGACACGGGUCUUAUGAGGCUUUGCCUACUAGUGCUGUUGCUGAUACUAAUCAUAUUCAGAUGAAAGCUUUGGCUGGCACUCAGGCUUGAUCGCGGUGCGCGUACGAUUUCUUCUUUGACUUUAUUUUUUUCUUUGUUGAAUUAGAUUUUUUGUUGCUUUUGAUUCUUAUGGUAGUGAGAAAUCAGAUGAGGAGUUAAUGUAUUACUUGCUUUUUUAAGCUUUACAUCAUCAACACUGUAACUUCUUUUAACUUGAGGAAUUUUUGUGCAUAUAAAAUGUCUCCUCCUUUCCUUUGUCUUUUUA